UUCCGUUUAAUUUUUUGGUGAAUUUCAAGUAGUUAACCGCGUAAUGAUUCGAAAAAGAUUGAUUAGCACUCCAGAAGAUCCUAAAGUGAAAAAAGAAAAUGAUACGAAGGAGAAUUCACCGGAGAAAAAGCUACUUCAAGAAGAAAUCGAGUAUAAUAUUGUGUAUGGAUAUGACCGGAAAAAGAAGAAAAAGAGAAUGGAUUCUACGGAAAGUUCGUCAGAAAAUCCAGAUGGAAUUGAGAAAUUUGAUAAUGAUGAGGAGCUGGCGAUUAGUCCAACUGGAAAUCCAAACUUAAAUCCGAGCAAGAUUGAAGCCGAAGAGCUGGAACAGGAAAUCGGCUCCCGUAACAUAUCCCGUCCGAGUACCUACCGUCAACUGUCUCUUCUUCUAAGCUGUGUGACACUUUUGAAGAAUAAUAUGGUUUUCAUUGAAUGCUUUUUUAAUCAUGGCGGAGUAUAUUUCUUCGUUCCAUAUUUCAUUAUUCUGUUUGUUUUGGGAGUUCCCAUGGCUAUAUUUGAACUAUCUUUAGCACAAUUCUCUUCAAUUCCAAUGAAUGGAAUGUUCACUCGAAUGGCUCCAAUGUUGGGAGGAAUCCCAUGGUUAAUUCUCUGUCUUCGUAUCAUCUACACUGUAUAUAUUGCAUUUGAUCCUCGCUUUUUACUAUAUGCGUACAAAAGCUUUGUUACCGUAAUCACAGGCAAUAUGAAUUGGAUUCACUGUGAUGAUUAUAAAGGUGUACGGUGCUUUGAUCCAACAUGGUCAUGCAAGAUUAAUGAGUUUCGUUUGAAUGGGGAAUGUGUUAAGGAUGUGCAUAUUAGAAAGCUAGCUCAGCAACAAGAUUAUGGACUCUUGACUUAUUUUGGUCUUCGAGAGUAUCGAUUAAUUAGCAUUAUUCCUUCGCAAAUUUACAAGGAAAUAAAUGGAUUGGACAUCAUGGACAAUAUAUUGGCGGCGCUGGUAUUUUUAUUGAUCGCCGGGUUUAUAACAUAUAAGGGACAUCGAUUUUUUGCAUCGCUCGCCGGAUUCUUUGUAUUCCUUCCUAUCCUUGGAAUGAUUCCAGCCGUCAUUCUUGUAUAUUAUGAUGUUGGCUCCCGAAAGAAACAUUUCUUUAAUCAAAUACUGAAAAAUAAUGAUAUUACAAAAAUAUUCGAGUUGUCUGCUUGGCUGAAUGCAGCGAGAGUGACGGUGAAAACGGUGUACAUUGCAGAUGGAACCCUUAUGGCACUUGGGAGCAGAGCAGACUUCCGACAUAAUUUCAUCAAAGAUGCUGUUCUUUUGGCUGCUUCUGGUGCAACUUAUCGUCUUCUUCUCUGUUUUGGCAUUUUGCCAAUUUUAUACGUGGCAAACGAUAUCUUGUAUCCUUUCGCAAAAACAGUUUAUGCAAGAGGAGAUCUUGUACAAUUUCAUGCAAUUGAGUUAUUUUUCUCUGCUCUUCCAUCGUAUGCAAUUCCUGGAAUCAGUCCAACUGUCACAUUUUUCGUCUACGCAAUGUUGUAUGGAACUAUUAACUUUGCUUUUGUAGCAUAUCAGGUUAUUACAUUUGAAAUGCUUAUUAAUGCAUUGCAUCAUUUGUUCCCAAGACUAUUGUAUCUGAAACAGAAAAGUGUUCGAAUUUGUAUUAUCAUGGCGACAGUAACUCUUUUAUUAUUUUUAUACAUUUUGAGUUUGCCGUACAAACAACUAGCAGUUGGAUACCAGAAAGAGCUGGCAAUUGACGACUAUGUUGUUGGAUUGGUGUCAACUACAGUAUUCAUUCAACUGAUAUCUGUGUCAAUUGUAUAUGGAUACAAACGGCUUCUCAUCAACUUUCUAACAAUGCUGAAACAUCAUCCAGUCACUUAUAAGCUUGUGGAAAAAUGCCGUGUAUUUUUGUAUGUCAUGUGGGCAUUCUUUCUCCCGAUUUCCUGUUUGGUUUCAAUUUGUUCGAUUAUCGUCAAAAAGUAUCAAAUCUAUCACUGGCCGUUGGUAUUGUACGCUGCUAUCAGUGCACUUCCAUUGAUCUACUUGGCGCGAAAGCUGACCAUGUACAUCAUGCGAAAAGAAUUUGUCAGUGGUCUAUCACAAACUCAUCGUUGGCAGCCUGCAAAUGAAGGACACGCAAGAGAAGUGGAACAUGAUGAAAGAGCAUCUGGAGUCUCGAAUAAUUAAACUUUAUUUUUAAAAAAGAGUGUAAAAUAUUAAAACUUGAAAAUAAAUGCAAUGAA